GUCCGGAAAAUGGAAAUGACCCUUUGUCCGCAGGAAAAAUUUAUGUGCUUCUGAUAAAAGGGAGACUUUCUGAAAAACAACAUCUCUUAUUGUAUACCUGAUUUCAGCUAAACGAAAGUUGGAGCCUUUUUUUUAAUAAUAAUACUGUGUGCAAAUUGCAUUUUAUAUUAAUUAAUAAAGUUAAUAAGCCACUGUAGCAAUCAAUCCUCUCAAAUCAUAAAUCUAAUACCCAUUCCAUCUACAACAGCAAAAUAGUGGGGCAAUAGAUGUAAUAAGUUAUAUCUUCAUCAAACAAAAUCAGUUCUUUUGUGCUCUAGUUACUUUAAAGAGUGCAUAUCUAGUAGUCUAUACCUAUACCUAUGUAUUUCUAGUAUCAGUAGUUUCUAGUAGUGCUACCUUAGAAUAAUUGUUAAUAAUAAAAUGAUUGGAAAACAUUUACUCAUAAUAACAUCAUGGAUAUAUUUCACUCACAGUUCACCAAUCAAAUUUCAACAAAUCCAUUUUUUACCUGCCACUUCGUUUAUAGCACGCACUGACCAAUAUUCAACUGCAGGAUUUUAUGAUGGAGAAUCGAGGCUGGACCACUAUUACGGACAAGGAUUUAGUGAGCCUGAUCCAUUUCUAAUCACUGACGAUGUUCAGGCAAAGCAACUGGCCGCAUAUCUUUACAAAAAAGGUUUAUUUUUCCAAGACAUUCCACACACGAGAGGCCUAAUUUACAAUCAAAACGAACGAAGGAAAAAUGGACUUAAGCCUAACAGAUUAGGCUCUUUAAGGCCUUAUUCACCAUGGCUCAGAUUAUAACUACAAAUAUAUGUAACUUAUAAAUAAUAAUAUAAAAAGCAAUAAAGAGUUUUGAUUUAAUCUUGUAGAGCCAUUGCACAAAUCCCCUUUGCAAAAACACAUAAACACCCUUUUGUUGUUUCUUCUGGUGUAGGCGCACCUUUCUUCGCUAUCAGAUGGGCCUCUUUGGAAGCAUAUUCGCUCAGUAGCAACACCAUAUUCUAUAAGAUAACAUUUAAUUAACCAAUUAGAAUUUAAUAAGUUAAAAAUUAUUGCCUUCUUUCAAGUCGCUUUCGUUUUCAACGAUUUUGCCGCACCAUCCUGAAGCGCAGGGUACCAUUUCGAAGCCCAAAUCCUUUUGGGCUUCCAUUGGAGCUGAUACGUUACCGAUGAAUGGGUCUUUGCAGCUGCCUAAGUCGCCUCUGGAUCUGCAGCUGAAACAUCUUUUAAG